AUGUCUGGUUCCAAGAAGGGUGGCAAGUCCCUGUGUCAACUUCCAGAAAAUGCCAAGCUUCGGAUUCUGGAGUACAUAGGACUAGUACGGCCUUGUUUGAUCGAUAUAACGGGUGAGGCACACAGAGUCAAACAGGCUAUUGAUCACACGUGCGACACGCGUAAUCUCUUCCACACACGUGGGAAUUGGUCCACCCGCGCUGGUCGACUCUGUGAUCAUCCACGACUGCCGACAGAGGUGCUCAUGGUUUCUCGUGAGUUCCGGGAGGACCUGGGCGCCCUUUUCUGGUCGCACAACCGCUUUAGUUUCAUACUUACCAAUUUGAACGACUGGGAUUGCUUCUUUAACGCCGUCGAUUGGGCCGCAGAAGACGUGAGAUAUUUGCAUAUCGAAAUGCGUACCUGGGACAAUCGUUUCAUCAAACCUGGCGCUCAGCGAAAUCUUCUGCGGCUGUGGUCUCGUUUCUGCCGUUAUGCCGCUCUGGAAAUGGUCAAUCUCAGAUAUUUCAGUCUCAAGUGCAGAGUCAAGGACAUGGCAGUGGCCCUCAAGAUAAUGUCUGCCAUGGACCCGUUCCCUGCCCUCUUACAGUGUGCUUUUCAUUUCAGUCACACCCCGGAAGAGGAUAUACGUCCCGUCGUGAAGAGAAAUGCCCUGAGAUUGACUGGCAAUCUCGGUGAAAAUCGUACCUUUCCGUACUUUGAUCUGCCCAAAGAAGUGCAGCUGAUAAUACUUGAAUUCCUGUUGGUGAACCAGUUGGACCCCUACCUGCCACCUGGGGGCCGGGUACCAGGCGUCGUAUCGUUCAUAGAUCGCAAAUCUCUGCGCGUAAAUGAGUCUCGCCCGCUCACAUGCUGCGGCACCUGCUCUCCGCUCAAGGCGGCGUGCUUCUGUCGUGCUCGUCAGACGGCGUAUUCGACCACUUGCUCCUGUUUUUCGUCGCCUGUAGGGUACUUCCUUGUUUGCCGGGCACUCUAUGAAGAUGCGCGCCGGAUCUUCUUCACCAUGAACCGCUUCGCCUUUGUGGAGGAAGACCCCGAUCUCAUGAUGGGCUUCAUGAACAGUAUUCCAACCUCGUCUUUCAUGUUGAUUCGCCAUCUGGUUUUCAAAUUCCCGGCGAUGCAUCGACACCCCGCAAAGCCUAGCCACAAGCCACACGAAGACUCUGCCAUGGUGUCCUGGUCAGUGUUACGUCGCUUCAUACGAGAGCAUUUUGAACUUUCGCGCCUUUCUCUCACCAUCGUGGACUUGGGUACCAGAGCCUCUAGUUGGCGCAAUGCAGCACCGCAUCGGAACAAGUACGUGAGGAAGCUACUCGAAGCUUUUCAGGAUCUGCGAGGACUUCGGGAGUUUCGUGUGUUUCUCGAAGAUGAUCAAUCCUAUGAGCUGACUGCGGAGCGACUUGUCAUGGGGCGUGCGGUUGCAAGGAGGCCUUUGGACUUCAAAUUUCCGUUUGUCGAAAAUGGACAUUAA